AUGUCCCUGCCUCAGCAGGCGAGGCGGCGUCUGCACUGGGUUGUCCCACUCAGGGAACCAGGUCUCAAGAGGCCUCGGGACUCGUGCCUCCAGGCAGUGGGGGCAGGGACUGCUGCUUCGCAGCCCCUUUCAGAGUCUGCUUCAAAGCCCUCACAGAGACUGCUUCGCAACCCCUCACAGGGCCUAAGCCGGUGCCUGAACAUCCCACCCACGGUGCGACUCAUCAGGAGAGGCUUCAACGACGUCUGCACGGAGCUCAUCAAGAGAAAAGUUAGAUUCAAAAUGGCUUUCCCAGCAGUUUUGUUGUUUGAAAUCAACGGGAUGAAGAAAUCUUUCACAGAGCCCAAACGAGCCAGGGCGUUCCUCGGGAGCACAGUGACCAACGAGAACAAAUAG